AUGAGACUCACUCCGCAAUCGGUUGCCAUCCUUUCGGCGGCGCUUAGCGUCGUCGACGCGGCUUUGCAAGAAGCCAACGAGCCACUUAUUGAUGAGUCUUUCGACCCUUUCACCGACGGCACUUGGGGAACCAAGAACAUCGACGGAGUCGAAUGGAAAUACCUCGAGGUCCCCGGUGGUGACUAUGUUCCCUGGGUCUCGGGUGAGACCAUUCAACCUGAUCCCGGCUUUGAGAACGAAUACUACAAAGAAGAAGACUCCGACGCUGACUCCACGGGCCAGCUCACCAAGUUUGACCUGGAGAGCGCCGGCGAACCGAAUGAUGUCUAUUACACUCUUUGCGAGGAGGCCAUAAACUGCGAGGUUCGCGUGGAUGAGGACGGCAACAAGGUGAUUCACUUUAUGCAAGACAUGGAAAUCGAUUCGGAAUGGUGGAACUCUACUUUCGCGCCGACCCUGUCCGAGGACCUGGACCUAGACGACGACAACAUCGUGGCGGGCGACAGUCUCGAGUCACGCGCGCACCACUGCCACGGUCACAAGAUCUGCACCGAGAUUUCCAUGCGCCAUGCUCGCACAAACUAUGGAAGCCGUCCGCCCAAGGACCUUAUUCCCGCUCUCAAGAACCACUGCAUCAACACUGGCUGCAACGCUAGCCCUUUCAAGCUUAACACCCAAGUUUGGCGCACCGUCUCUACCCCCGCCAAGCUCCUGGUUACGCCAUCGGGUAUCUACAGCAUCGGCCAGAAGCCCAAGCUCAUCGACCUAAUUGGCAAGGCCAUUCGUUCCAAGACCAAGAUCAAGAACCACUACCUUUGCAUUGCCAACCCCGUUACCGGUACCUGUGACCCUUACAGCCUCAAGACGUUGGAAGCCUCCAAGUAUUUCCAGGUCGCCCGUUUUGUGCGGAACGGCGCUGGGCAGCUGGCUCUUCAUGGCUCUCUGGGUGUUGCGGUCAAGCUUACCGAUGUCGCCGGUAUCUCUUGCGCGGAUGUUGUUUCUGCAUUGACUUCCGCCGUCUCUGGCGUCCCAGGAGGUGGUUACUUUGGGUUCCUGAGCUUGAUCUGUAGUUAG